AUGGUCAAGGAGGAAAAUCGAACCUGGGACAUUUGUCCCUUGAUUUCGUUCGCCAACUUCAAAUCGUCUUUUGCAACCAAUGUCUCCACCAUCCGACGGAGACUCUCAUCUGACACGAUCAACUCUGAAUAUGACGAGAGAUUAGAUCCUAAAGAUGGGAGUGUCUCCGGCGGAACAUCCCCUUCAAACCCCGGACCUCCUCCGCCAGGGGUCCGCAAAAGUUCAACCACCGAUCCAGAAGGUAGUGGAAAUGAGACUGCCCCAACGACAGCUGCAGGACCCGCGAAAAAAGGGAGUGGCGGGUUUUCAGCUGUCGUGGCAGCUGCCGCUUUCCGCUCAGGUGCAGCUGAAGGCUCGGGCGAUGAGAGCAACAACAGCAAGCCUGAAAGUGCCCGCUCAUGGGGCAUCAGGGAUGUUCUCUCUCGUAAAACAUCAUUGUAUCAAAGUGGGGACCAGAACAGCGAAAGCGAGAAGAAUGAAUUGGACCUCAAGAUGCAACCUGGAACCACUGGAAGCCAAGGGGGUCGACCUGGACCCCCGGGAAGUAAGACCAUCUCGGCUCCAACCUCGCCCAUGAAAGACAAAAGAGCGGGUUUCUUUGGCAAGGUUUCCAGCUUCUCUCAAGUGGUGAGUGCCAAAGUGGAACAAGCUAAAGAUGCAGCAGGGAGCAUUCGCGUUCCAGGGAUGAACAAAGAUCGGUGCUUCACCUUGUUGGUUAUUGAUGAUGCCAACACGGAUUGGUCUAAAUACUUUAGAGGCCGCCGAAUUCAAACUGACUUCGAUAUACGCGUGGAACAAGCCGAAUUUAGUGAGCUCUCGGUCAAUGCGGGUUCCGAAAAUGGAUCAAUGGCCAGUAUCAUAAUGCAAAAGACAGGAAAUAAGGUGGUGAGAUCGUUCAAGCCAGAUUUCCUGCUCAUUCGUCAAAACCUUCGCGAUGCAAACGAGGACUACAGAAACCUCGUGUUGGGUUUUAAGUACAGUGACAUCCCCAGUAUUAAUUCAUUGGAUUCCAUUUACAACUUCCAGGACAAACCGUGGGUUUUCGCUCACAUGCUAAAGGUUCAGAACAAAUUGGGUAAAGAGAACUUUCCUCUCAUCGAUCAGACCUACUUCCCCAAUCAUAAAGAAAUGGCUUCCGCUGGACUUACCAUUCGUUAUCCUUGUGUGCUGAAAAUUGGUCAUGCACAUAGCGGUGUGGGAAAAUCGAGGAUUGAUAAUGCCACUCAAUUUCAAGACAUGACGAGUGUCAUUGCAGUGUCGGACAAGUAUUGCACCGUGGAGCCUUAUAUUGAUGCCAAAUUCGACCUGCAUGUCCAAAAGAUUGGCUCAAACUACAAGGCACUCAUGCGAAAAUCCCUCUCUGGCAAUUGGAAAACCAAUAUGGGUCAAUCCAUUUUGGAAGAAAUCGACGUCACUGAUCGGUACAAAUCAUGGAUUGACGCUCUCUCCGAGAUGUUCGGCGGGUUAGCCAUUUGCUCGCUCGAGGCUGUGGUGGCCAAGGAUGGGAAAGAGUUCAUCAUUGAAGUCAAUGACUCGGCCACGAGCCUUUUGGGCGAGAGUCAAGAGGAAGAUCGAAAGAAUAUAGCCGAAUUGGUUAUCAAAGCAAUGGACGAACAAUGCAAGGCACCUCUGCCACCUGUGAGUGGAGCCGUGCCACCUCCCGUAGCACGGACAACGUCCCGUUCCUCGAUUUCAAGGUCCUCCAUCGGGUCCUCGACGCAAGAUUCCGGUUUGGGGAGUAGUGUUGCUGCUGCCCCACCUGCCCGUGAGGUGACUGCCAGCACUUCCGGCCGACAUUCAGCUGCCACCGCCACCACUGAGGUUCGCAAGCGGCACGACUCUCAAGAUUCUUCUGAUUCUUCAGCGUCCGAAUCCAGUACCGUCAGCGGAGUUAGCAGCGCCAGUUCGACGCUGAAAAAAGAGGCGAAACAGGAGGGACCGCCGAGGGAAGCUGCCGAAGGCGUGCCCGGAGGAGAAAAUGAAGACACCAUGAAGAACCUACGGAAAACGUUUGCCGGAAUCUUCGGGGACAUUAAUUAAGCAUUGGAUAGUUGUUACUUCUGCUCUGUUAUACCAGUACUUACACCUGAAAAGCUCUAAAGUUAUAGAGAGCUUUGUCUAAUUCUCAACAACUCAAUUUUCUUCCCGUUCAUAUUGAGCAUGGAUAUGCAUUUCAGCUGUUAGUUAACCAUUCCAGGUUGCAACUUGGUUGGUAUAUUAUGAAGUCUCUAUUCUUUGGACACUCAAAAAUGAUGCACUUAUUCAAGAACUGCACUACUCUUCGUCUCAAUAUUCAAAUAAAACUCCAACUGUUUGACAACUUUUCUGAAAACUAUUAUCCAGUUUCAAGUAGGCCUCCAUUCCAACCCAUUGUUAACAACAAACACAUUCUACACUCUUUCUAUUCCUAAACUAUUCGGCAAGUGUCAAUAUGUCAAUUUAUGAAGACUAUCAAUCGUUCUAACUUCUUGGAAUAAAUCUAUUAGCUCCUCAGA